UAAGAAUUAUCUUUUUUUUUUUAAGUAUGAUUUUAUUUUGAUGAUUUUUUCAUAUUAGUUUAUAAUCAAUUAGCUAAUAUAACUUAUAAUCUAAUAUUAUUAAUACAUAAUUCUUUUUAAUGAUGUAAUAAGAAAACAUAUCUAAAAUCAUGGAAAACAUCACAGAUAAACAAAAUCACUUUUUGAUUGAUUAAUAUUUAAUUAUAAAUUAUUCUAUGUCUUAAUCUUUUAUAAUCGAAAAUAUCUUUUUUUAAAGAGAAAAUGACACAAAGAACACUAAACCAAGUUUUCCUCCCCAAACUAGCACUCAGGAUCAGAAAUCACAAAAAUAGGUUUCAUUAAAGGGGCAAUUUACCCUUAUGCCCUCUUCUUUAACUAAUUUAAAAAACAAAUUUGAAAUCAAUUGUCGCCGUCCUCGUUUCAUCGCUUCUUCUUCUCCUCAUCGCUGUCUUUCGUCGUCGUCUCUCCGUCGUCGUCGUCUCUCCGUCGUCGUUUCUCAAUUGAUCUGUCGUUUCUACGUCUAUUCAUCUCAUUCUCUCUCUCGUGUGUCUGAUUUGAUUAAGGUUUGAAUCAUUUCAUUUUGUUAUACAUUAUCUAGGUUUUGUUAUAUAUUAUUCAUUUGUUGAUGAAUUGAAGUUGAUUUUGUAGAACAAUGGAAGUUUUGUGCAUCUGUGGACAAUGGAUCUCAAAAGAAUCUCUCCAGUGGGAGUUUCUUGUUGAUUUGAAGAGGAAUGCAUCAAUCAUUUCCAUAGAAGAAGAUCUACUGUAUGAAGAUUUGAUGAAGAUUGUCUCUGAAGAUUUUAGUGUUAAAGAGGAAGAAAUCAGUUUGAGUUAUGGUUUUUCAUUGGAUAAGAAAUGUAUUAUUGAAAGUUUCCCCCCACUCUCGAUAGGUAAUACUCGUCAGCUCAGAACUUUCAUUUCCAAGACUAGAGCAUUUGAUGGAACCUGUCGUUUGUGUGUUAAGGUUAGUACUGAUCCAGCUAGCUGUAACACUCAAGCUUCUGAUACAUUUGCUUCUACUGUUCCAUUGAAUGCCAAUCCAGCGCUUCUUUCUACUGUGCAGAGUGAAAAACAGGUACAUUGUCCUUAAUUCCCUUUUUCUGUUUGUGUUUGCAUGAUAUGCUUCAUAAUCAAGUAUUAUGCCUUACAGAACUACUUGACUUUUGCAGAGUUUUCUAUAUGAAGGUGUUUCUACAGUUCCUCUGAAUGCUCUUCCGGAUUUUAGUACUGAUUCAGCUAGCUGUAACAUUCAAGCUUCUGAUACAUUUGCUUCUACUGUUCCAUUGAAUGCCAAUCCAGUGAUUCUUUCUACUGUGCAGAGUGAAAAACAGGUGCAUUGUCCCUAAUUCCCUUUUUCUGUUUGUGUUUGCAUGAUAUGCUUCAUAAUCAAGUAUUAUGCCUUACAGAACUACUUGACUUUUGCAGAGUCUUCUAUAUGAAGGUGUUUCUACAGUUCCUCUGAAUGCUCUUCCGGAUUUUAGCCCUGUCCAUAUUGGACUUUCACCAAACACGAGAGUAGCUGGCGAUAUUAAGGUGAAUAGCUAUUUUAAGACAAAGAGAGAGUUGAUGUUGAGGAUGAAGAAAUGGGCUUUAGAGUGGAAGUUUGAGUACAAGACUGUCUCUUCUAACAAGUCAAGAGUGCUUUUGAGUUGUGUUGAUGAAAAUUGCACGUGGAGGAUGCGUGCUAUCAAGCUACCUGUUUCAGAUUUUUUCGUUGUUAAAAAGUAUGUUCAUGAGCAUACAUGCGAUACAACACACAGGAAAGCCAACCACAGACAAGCAUCUGCAAAGUUGUUGGGUUCUUUGAUUUCCAGCAAUUAUGGAGAAAAAAAGGAAGGUCUCAAACCGAAACAGAUCAUUGAACAGGUCAGGAUGCUGCAUGGUGUUCACAUCAAUUACAAACAAGCUUGGAGAGUGAGAGAAGAAGCUCAGAUUUUGGUUAGAGGGACUCCUGAAGACAGCUAUUACAAUUUGUCUAGGUGGUUGUAUAAAAUCACAGAAACAAACCCUGGUUCCUUGACUUAUCAACAUGUUGAUGCUGCAGGAAAGUUCAAGUAUGCAUUUGUGGCUUUUGGUCCAUCGAUAAGGGGAUUCUCAUUGAUGAGGAGAGUUAUUGCAGUAGAUGGUACAUUUCUGAAGGGAAAAUUCAAUGGGACUUUAUUGGCAGCUUGUGCUCAAGAUGGGAAUUAUCAUCUAUAUCCUCUCGCCUUUGCAGUGGUUGACGCAGAAAACGGCGCCUCUUGGAAAUGGUUCUUUAGAGGUUUGAGCCAGAAGAUCCCGGACGCUUCGGAUCUUGUUUUUGUAUCAGACAGGGCUAACUCCAUUUCUUCAGCGUUGGAGGAUGUAUAUCCCUUAUCUCACCAUGGAAUUUGCAGGAUCCAUCUGCUCCGCAACAUCACUCCUACAUAUGCGAAGACUGGGUUGCUACCUCUGGUGGAAAGCGCUGCUGAUGCCUAUACGUGUCACGAGUUCUGGUUAAUCUUCAAGGACAUAAAGGAUAAAUGUCCUGAAUUGGCUAAGUAUCUGGAAGAGUCUGAUUUUAGGAAGUGGGCACGAAGCUAUGCGCCUGCGAACAGGUAUAAUAUCAUGACUACCAACAUUGCAGAGUCUCUCAAUUCUAUGUUGAAGAUGCCUCGUGAGUUGCCCAUUAUCUCUCUCCUUGAAACUAUCAGAUUGACGAUGACCACUUGGUUUUUUGAGCGACGCGAAGCGGCUGCGAAACAUAAGCACCUGGUUACUCCAAAAGUUGUGCAGAAAUUGGUAUCUAGGUUAGGGGCCGCAAUGUUGUUGAAUGUGUAUCAAGUUGAUCGAAGCGAGUUUGAGGUGAAGAUGAAACAAUGA